CUUCUAGGGACACAGGUUCAAAUUUGGUUACGGUGCCAAGUCAACAGACGACGAAGCGGUCGGUCGAUUUCGUUUAUGUUGGGCUAGUGAGGAGGUUACCUCAGGAGGUCCAGGCUUCAGGAUGUUUGGCCAGGUAGUGAUUGGUCCUCCUGGAAGUGGGAAGACUACAUACUGCGCCGCCAUGCAGGAGUUUCUGACAGCCAUGGGACGGAAAGUAGCCGUCAUCAACCUCGACCCAGCCAAUGAUAUUCUUCCUUACAAAUGCCAAGUGAACAUUGCUGAGCUCAUCACAUUAUCUGAUGUUAUGGACAGUCUGAAACUGGGCCCAAAUGGUGGCCUGAUAUACUGUAUGGAGUUUUUAGAGAGGAAUAUGGACUGGUUACAUAGCAAAGUCUCAGCUUUAAAAGACUCCUAUUUAUUAUUUGACUGCCCAGGUCAAGUAGAACUGUACACCCAUGAUGAUUCAGUGAAAAAGAUAUUCGGCAGACUAACCAAACUGGACUAUCGCCUAACUGCUGUGCAUAUGGUGGACUCUUUUUAUUGUAGCGAAGCAUCAAAAUUUGUCUCAGUUCUCUUAACAUCCCUGUCCACCAUGUUACAGUGUGAACUACCUCAUGUCAAUGUUCUCUCCAAGGCAGAUUUAAUUCAGAAAUAUGGACAGCUGGCUUUCCAUUUAGACUUCUAUACUGAUGUCCUGGACUUGUCUUAUUUGUUGGAGCAUUUACAGGAAGACCCAUUCUUCAGCAAGUACAGAAAAUUGAAUGAAGCUUUGGUCAGUGUUGUAGAGGAUUACAGCCUUGUGUCAUUUGUGGCACUGAACAUCAAGGACAGGGACUGUAUGCUCCGGGUAAUUCGUGAAGUGGACAAGGCAAAUGGUUACGUCUUUGGCGACAUGGAAGAGAGAAGUAUUCAAGAGCUUUUAUCCUGUGCUGUGGGAGCAGAGUUUGAAUAUGAGAAAAUCCAGACUGUAGCUGAGAAAUACAUGGGAGAACAAGAUGAAGACAAUGACAGUGAUGUUGAACAAAAAACAUUGGCUGAUCUCCUCAAUGUUGAAUAAGUGGAUGCAGAGAAGGGGCCAUUAGUAAAAAAAAAAACAGCUAUAAAGUUACACAAGUCUUGUCUAAAAGUCAUUAACCAAAAUUUUCAAAAACUGUUGACAUAAUGGAAUGUCUUGACUGUUGAGUAAAUAACUCAUCACAUGAUCUUCCCAGAAUUCAACAGUUGCAUAAAGAAUGGGAAUAUUUUAAUAUCAAAAUACUCCUGCAGGCAGUUCAAUAAAUAAAAGUGUAGCAAUUGACUGAAGUCUUCCUGAAGCUAAAACUGGAUGGCGCCUGGUUUCAUGUCAGUGUUGAUAUGUGGUUAACUCGGUUGCAACAGUUAUGCAAGUGAAUUAGAUGUGCUAGAGACAGUUUCAGAUAAUUUCCUGCAAUCGUAAGAUUUCCUCAAACUUUCAAUUAGGUAAUAAACAAAAGCAAUCUCUUCGAAAGUUGGAUAUAUAUUUCACCAGCAGGUUGGGAAACAUUGCUAAAGCUUCAUCAUGCACUUUGAUGCUCCUGUAUGCACACCAUUUAUGACAUUCUUGAUCUUGUUACAUGAAGGGGUUUGGGAGACAAAGUAAUAAUUUUUUUUUUAAAUG